CCCUUGCAUUUCAGGCACAAGGAAAACCAUGUUAAUUAUAUGAAAGACCUCAUCCCAAGUUGCACCCGCAACCUAGGAACAUCGUACACAAACGACAGACGCAUAAUAUCAAGGCCACGAAGAGAAUGAUCAUAAUUAAUACAUGAUAAUCUAAUCAAUCUCCUAAUUCCAAAUGCCAGUCAUAUCACACACUCAAACCAACACGUACGUGUACGUUGUCACAGUGGUUGCUUGCAGAUAUAUAUAUAUACACACACUCACACACAUAUAAUAUAGGUGUAUGAAUGUGUGUAUGAAGGAAAAGGUGACAGAAACGCAAGUGAUGAUCUGAUCAGAGAGCCCCAUCAACAUGCCCCAAGUAGGAAGAGUUGUUUGGGCCUACGGCUUUGCACAUUUAUUAUAAAUGCCAUCGAACUCUUAUCUCUCGAUCGCCAUUAAUGUCAUCGCAAUAAACCCAUCACUAUAAUCCGGUCGCUGACCCUUUAAGAACAACAACCUUUUCUCCUCCAGUAAGAAGUUGAAGGUCGAAGAAGCAGAAUUAGAAGAAGAUGAAGAUGAAGAAGGGGUUUUCAUUAUCGGGAAUGUUCUCUUCUUUCGUCCACCCACAGCUUCAUCCUCUCGUGGCGAAAAUGAGUCUCUUCGACGCCUUCCUCUUUUAUAUAAUACACUUGGUGGACAAGCUCGAGGUAUGGCACAGGUUGCCUGUGUUAUUGGGGCUAGCUUAUUUGGGCAUCAGGAGGCACCUGCACCAACGGUACAAUCUCUUGCACGUCGGAGAGAUCACCGGAAAAGAUUAUGACACCAAGGAGUUUGCCUAUCGGACAGCGGAUGGAUCGUGCAACCACCCCAACGACCACCUGAUUGGGAGCCAAGGGACAUUUUUUGGCCGUAACAUGCGCCCAUCAACAACCCAAUAUGGGCUGCUUGAUCCCAACCCGAUUCUGGUGGCUUCAAAGCUACUCGCUAGGAAAAAGUUCAUCGACAAUGGGCUGCAAUUCAACAUGAUUGCUUGCUCUUGGAUCCAAUUCAUGAUUCAUGAAUGGGUUGAUCAUAUGGAGGACACCCGACAGGUAGAAAUGCGAGCACCCAAAGAGAUCGCAAACGGGUGUCCAUUGAAGUCGUUCAGAUUUUUCCGGACAAAGCAAGUCCCUGCCGGGUCAUCUGAUGCGAAGACUGGUUCUCUGAAUAUCCGGACUCCAUGGUGGGAUGGGAGCGUGAUUUACGGAAAUGACGAAGAAGGAAUGAGAAGGGUUAGGACAUUCAAGGACGGAAAGCUGAAAAUUUCAGGAGACGGGCUUCUCGAACACAACGAGAAGGGAGUUCCUAUUUCUGGCGAUGUCAGGAAUAGCUGGGCAGGAUUUUCGUUCCUUCAAGCCCUGUUCGUUAAGGAACACAAUUCCAUAUGUGACAUGCUGAAAGAAAAUUACUCCGAUUUUGACGAUGAGAAGCUCUACCGCUUCGCGAGACUGGUGACGUCAGCUGUAAUAGCCAAAAUCCACACUAUCGAUUGGACGGUAGAACUCCUGAAGACUGAUACUCUUCAAGCAGGAAUGAGAAUAAACUGGUACGGAUUCCUCGGGAAGAAAAUUAAGGAUAUGUUCGGGCCUAUCCUAGGCCCCAUACUAAGCGGGCUAGUGGGUCUCAGGAAGCCGCGAGAUCACGGAGUCCCAUAUUCCCUCACGGAAGAGUUUGUAAGUGUCUACAGAAUGCACUCAUUGCUUCCUGAUAAACUCAUCCUCAGGGACAUCGAGGCUAAAACAGGAGAGCAAAAAUGCCCGCCCAUAGAAGAAGAGGUGCCUAUGGAGGAAAUGGUAGGAAAAGAAGGGGAGAGGAGACUUUCAAAGAUUGGAAUGGAGAAGAUGAUGGUGUCGAUGGGUCAUCAAUCAUGUGGAGCACUGAGUUUGUGGAAUUACCCCACUUGGAUGAGGAAACUCAUUCCUCAAGAUGUGAAUGGUGAAGACAGAUCGGAUCCAGUCGAUAUGGCCGCCCUUGACAUUUAUAGAGACCGCGAGAGAGGGGUUGCUCGGUACAACGAGUUCAGGAGGAACUUGCUCAUGAUCCCGAUCAGCCACUGGGAAGAUCUAACCGAUGAUGAGGAAGUCAUCAGAGCCUUGCAAGAAGUGUACGGAGAUGAUGUGGAGAAGCUCGAUCUCUUAGUUGGCUUACAGGCAGAGAAGAAGAUCAAGGGAUUUGCUAUAAGCGAAACGGCUUUCUUCAUCUUCCUACUCAUAGCAUCACGGAGACUAGAAGCGGACAGGUUCUUCACGACGAAUUUUAAUGCUCACACAUACACAGAGAAAGGCAUGGAAUGGGUCAACAAGACAGAAACCUUAAAGGAUGUCCUUGAUCGGCAUUUUCCAGAUAUGACCCGGAAAUGGAUGAAAUGCUCAAGUGCAUUCUCCGUUUGGGACUCACCCCCGAAUCGAACCACCUACAUUCCCCUUUAUCUCCGACGCGCUCCUUAGAGAGUGCAAAAGGAUCUAAAAUUAACAGUGAAUUCGUUUGUACCCUCCGAUGUAUCAUCGAUACGGGAAAGAAGCAUAUAACUUUGAGUCAAUAAGAUAUACAUGUGCAGACAAUAAACACUGAGAUCGUUCAUGAUUGCCUACAUAUUUCUCGAAUCUAGACCGUUGGAGUUAACUCA